AUGCAUUUAUCAGAGAUGGAAGGUUAAUUUCCGCAGUUUCUUCUAUUCACUACCCUAGAUUUCAAAAUGUCUCCAUCCAUCAUAACUAAUAAACAUCAUCCAGAUCUCUUUAGCAAACAGACAAGUUCUACAUCAUUGCUGUAGUUCUAAUCCAUCUUUCCUAUAUUUUGUUGGCCUUUACUAGGAAGUAGAAACCAAACCAAACCAAACCAACAUAAACCUCCUAUAUGUUUGGAAAAGCUCUCUUCGUCAGCAUUCUACUUUGGGGAAUAUGGAUAAGUUCAAUGUUUGGCGCCGCUUUUACUCUCUCACAAGUUUUAUAGAAUUUUGAGUUCUAGGGUUUGUGGAAAAUGUUGGUAUUAAGCAUGAAUUCAAAGAGACAGAGGCGCCCAAAUGUUAGGUUAGGGGAAAUAGGAGAUGCUUCUGCAGCUUUUGCAUGUGGUGUUUCUAGGAAAGACGAGGAAAAUUUGGUGCAAAAGAGAUGGGAACAUGAUUUCCUGAACCCUAAAGAAUUGGGAAACAAUCCAAUUUGUGGCUUCUCUCAGCAAAAAUCGUCUGAGUUCUCAGAUCUUGAUGUAUCUCUGAGGACAUUAGCUGAUGUGCAACAUAAUAGAGAGAGAACGAAACCAAAAUCUUUGAAAUUGGUUUCUGAAUUCCCCAGUUCAGAUGAAAUUGAUUUGAGCAGGAGUGAGCUAAAUUUUGGAAGGAUAACCAAAAAGUGUAGGCUCAGACGAAAGCGGAGCACAAGAAGCACUUCUUGUGUUUUUGGUGGCACUUGGAAUUUAAAAAUUAGUCCUGAAAUGAAUAGUGAAGAUGGGAAGGAGUGUGCAAGGAAGGAGUCUGUCGGGUUCACAUCGAAUGCUUGCUUUGGUCUUCCCCAUAUUGAUGGUUUUAAGGAUUAUUCAGAUUAUGAAAGUUCAGCGACGAGAAAUUUUGAGAAUGGCAUCUAUGAACUCACUUUUGGUGGGCAGAGGCAAGGGACUUCCAUUCAGCUUACAGAGGAGGGUGCUUAUUCUGAAGGUAACAAUGCCUUUCCCCAAUCUUUUGGUGAAUUUGAGAAGAUAACGACACCCAUCCCUAGUCAACCUGAUGUAAAUACUGUUAGGAGAUGGUUGGAAGACCUUGGGUUUGGUAAGUAUGCUGGUGUAUUUGAAAUGCAUGAGGUAGACGAAGAAGCUUUGCCCUUACUUACUUUAGAAGAUCUCAAAGAGAUGGGUGUGCUUGCUGUUGGGCCUCGGCGGAAGUUAUACACUGCAAUUCAACAACUAAAGAGAGCCAAAGAAAGGGUUUAUGCAUGACAGAGUACUCAAUGGAACAUAUAGGUAAUAUUGCUGUUUACAGCUCUUUGUGAAGCAAAGUCACAGAUGUAUAUAUAACUUUUUGAACUUACAACAAUAUCUCAACUGAAAGUCGACAAGUGAAGGGAGGCAAAGAAAGGUUAUAUGCAUGACAGAGUACUCAAUGGAACAUAUAGGUAAUAUUGCUGUUUCCUGCUCUUUUGUGAAGCAAAGUCACAGUUGUAUAAAUAACUUUUUGAACUUAUAACUUGUUCUCAACUGAAAGUCGACAACUAAAGGGAGCAAAGAAAUGGUACAUGCAUGACAGAGUACUCGAUGGAAGAUAUAGGUAAUAUUGCUGUUUCCCGCUCUUUUGUGAAGCAAAAGGCCACUGAUGUAUAUAUAACUUUUUGAACUUAUAACUUGUUCUCUAUGUUUAUAGGUAAUAUUGCUGUUUCUAGCUCUUUUGUGAAGUAAAAUGUCACAGAUGUAUGUAUAUAUGACUUUUUGAACUUGUAACAUGUUCUCUAUGUUUUUUCCUUUCUUUAUUAGCUGAGAUAGGAUAAAUCACUCAUUUCAUACAAUUUUUGGUAUAUGUAAAAUCUUCUUUAGUGUUCUCUUUGCCCCUUCACCAACCUUACUCAACUAUGAGUAGUAAAAUAGAGCUUACUGAUAUGAUAACUACUUGACUUGCACCUUGUCUUAAUUUACAGAUUCCUUUACUCAAUGCAUUUAUUAUAGCAGAAGUUUCUAACAAUUAGAUUGGGGUACAUCAUACAUCUUUAAUCCUAGGUGUUAUGUGUGAAAAUAGUUCCAGAGAGUGUUUUCCAACGAGUGAUGUACCAAUUUCUUAGUCGAAAAGAUUCUUUAUGAUCAGAAUGAUGAUGGGGCCUGCCCACAGACCCUACAAGAAAUUAACUGUGGACGAUAUGCAGAUCUAAAUGUUUUAGCAAUAUACGAUGUGGAUCUAAUUCACGAAGUGUGUCCUAGACUCAGUAUUGGAAAAGACCUUGAGGUAUCACUAUAUAUACUCUUAUCAAUUAACUGUGGAUGAUAUGCAGAUCUAAAUGUUCAAGCACGCACUGAACUCUGUUAGUGUGUUUUAUUUCAAAAUUUGGCAGUGCCUGAGAAUAAAUGAUAAUUACCCAACUAAAAAUCCUGUGUUGAUAUUUUUGUUGUCUACAACCUAGAUGUCAAAUGGAAAGUGGGUUCUAAUUACAGUUUCAAUAGGCAUUUAAUUGAUUAUUUAUCAUGAAAAUUGUCCUUAGAAGAAAAAUGAGCAAACAGCCUCUAUGACGUUGCCUCUUCAUCUUUAUGCUGAUUAAUCACUGCAUGCCACUUCAUGAUUGGAGAGGGAAUUUUAUCUCUCACCAACAAACUGGAGGUACCUCUUGUCCUCUUUUUUCUUCUCAUGCAUGGUAUUUGGCGUUGCUUUUGUUCAUAUGUUGUUAGAUUUUAGUUCAGACCCAGUUCCCUUUGCUAGUUCUUCUUGCUAUCUCUCCAUUGGAGUUUGUUAAGGUGCACUGUGCUUUGAGAUGUUUGUUACCUUUUAAGAAGAUGUUAGAUAUCCCUCAUUUAGGUGAAGUUUGAUGUUUUUUUUUUCUUUUUCCAAAUGGUAGAGUUUAGGCUUAUCUUGUUACUUGCAAAAAUAUUUUCUGAUUUUUUUUUUUUUUUUUUUU